UUUUUUCGGCGAAGUCCUCCCUUAUAUCGGGCCACGAGAUAGAACCGACAUCUGCAGCAGGCGAUGUCCACCCAGAGUACUCCUCGCUGCAAAAAUUUCUCAACUCCGAGCCCUUCCAGUCCCCUAUCUCUUGCUUUGCGCCCGGACACUCAGGUAUUUGUUCUUUGUUGCCUCACAGUCACCGGGUUUCACUAAGGAUGUUUGGGCACACAGGUUCUAUAGGAGAUGAACACCGACUUUGUAAGCCUCGCAGUAAACCCUCGUCCAAACCGGAGGCCUUGAAUCGACGAUGGAGAACCCCGAGGCCUCUCAAUCCUUUCAUUCUCUAUCGGCGCGAAAGACACCAGGAAGUCUUGCAGAAGCAUCAAGAGAUAUCGAAUAAUUCCGUCUCCAAAAUAGUGGGCAGAAUGUGGGGUGCGGAGCCUCCCUACGUAAAACAAAUAUUUUCGGAGCGUAGCGAAGAGUCCAAGCGACUGCACGAAGCAAAGCACCCCAAUUACAAGUUUAACCCCCGCAAAAACAAGCCGAAGCGCUUGACGGAUGAAUAUGAAGAUGCCCUCGAAUGACCUACCUUGUGAGUGCUGUAUUGAGCCCGUCACCUCGAUGAGCCGGUAGUAGGUACAUACACGCAGUGAAAUUGUCAGGAUGCAGGAAGUUGCAUAUGGGGUUAUGAUCAAACACGGCCAAUUUGUGAAGGCAAUAUGUGGUAUCAUCCAAGCAAUCAAUUGGGCACCCGUUGAGUCUUCCUUUGAAUGUCGUCGAUUGACCCGAUCGGGCCUGGUUCCUGUGCCUUUCGGAAUGCGUGUCACCUUUCUUUGGCACGAUUGGGCCGCCUUAAGGCUAUCCGCGUACUGAUUGCGUACGUACUGUAACGCGGUGGCAACGCGUAAGGUGUUGAGCUCUCU